AUGCGCCUCGGAGGCACCGCGGACAAGGUGUUUGCCGAGUACGCAGCGGUAUUUGGGGAUCAGAUGGCGGGCCUACCAGGUCAGCUGAGGCAGAUGCAGAUGGCUUGUGGCAGUGUGCAGGUAAUUGAGGUUAUGACACACACAGCAGUGGCCAUACCACGAACACAGGGUGGUGUGCUUGUGGCGAAGGGGACGUUCGUAAAGGCAUCCCCGCGAGAGAAGCUGUUCUCAGAUGUGGCACUCUUGGCUCCUGAAGGCGGAGAUUGGUUUGCUAGGUGCCUCUGUAUUUUCAAGGCAUUGAACGCGGAGGGCAAGUGGACUGGGUGUGCCUACGUGAGUAUGAGCUCGGUGAAGCCCCCGUUGAAGGACAUCGUACAGAAGCUGAAAGUGCUCCCCGACGAUGUGUUUCUGUUUGUGGAGAUACUGUUUUUGCCCAGCCGGUUGCCGAAGACCAAGAUACCGGGGAGGAACGGAACCCCGUGCGACCGGAUCAUAAGUGUGGGCUUCCUAUACAACGCGACGGGGACCUGCACCACGGUGCCCCUUGUGGUGUUGCGCCAUGACGAGCGCCCCGAACCUAGGCGCAGCGGGGAGCCAGCACCGGCGGUGAUUGUGCGCUACACGAAGAGUGGUCGGCUCACACCCGAGCUUAGCCGUGGAAGGAAGACGGUUGUGUUCACCUACAACACGGCGCACCGCAUUACCGCGAAUGACGCGGAGACCACGGUGGAGCAUGGGCUGACUAUGGUGCAUUUCACGCACACACGCUUUGUGGACCUCACGGACAUUGUGCACUGGUCCAGUAUGCCGUUUUUGCACGGCGUGGUGGACGCUUUCAAGGCUGAGUAUCGUGUGAUACUGAUGAGACGCGCGGUGCGAUCGAAUCUAUUCCACGAUGAUUUCGAAGCGCCGUUUUCCGUGGUGAAUUACGGUGUCAUGCUGCUGUGGGUGGGCUUGGCGUGGAAGGCACUGACGGCGGCCACGAUGCAAAGGAGCUGGUGGAGGGCGGGAUGCGUCCCGGAGUCAUGGUGGGAGCUGAUGUGGCACCUGCACGGCAUGUACUCGGCAGGCAUGUACGAUCCGCUGGUCUCUACCACGGCGGACCUCCUGGUGCUGCUACGUGAGUUCCGUGUGCGGCCGGCUAUUUAUAUGCCGGUGUCCGAUUACGUGACAUGCGAUGAGUGGUUAAUGGAGAAGGCUGGUGUGAAGUUGGUGACGCCCACUACGCCCACGUCUUCAGGGGAUGAGGGCGAGAUGUGCCUUCCGGAUGGGCCUCUGAUGCGAGACGAACGAAGCCGACGACGUGCCAUCCGCAAUGUGACGAACGCGUACGUGUGUCAUGCUGAGGCGCUGGGGAUUGCACCUGCGGAGGUGGCGACUGUUGUUGGCGCCUCUGAUGGAGAGAUGGUUAGCCGCCUAAGCCGCACACCGAAGAAGCGUGCGCGCAGUUCGGGGUCGUCGGACAGUGGGUCCGUGUAG